UUUACCAAGUAAAAUUUAUAAUUAAAAUUUUAAUAAUGAUUCCCAGAUAGCAAAAUGCCAGAGAGAUCGCACCGUAUAUACCGGCACGCGGGCCGAUUCAUCGGCCCAACGUAGCGGCAAUUACGCAGCGCAAUGUACGCGCCAUUGCUUGCUAUAAAGGCGAGAACACAAUCCAUGGGUACGCGAGCGACGUGAACGUAAACGUAUGACGUCACCCAUUUAGUUAACAUUGUGACGUCAGCACGUUACACGUUCACGUAGGCUAUUCUGUUCUCGCCUUAAGGUUGAGUCCACAAUAGAUAAAUUGGACGACUAACGUGAACGUAACGUUUACGUUUCGUUAACGUGACAUGCUCGCAACACGUGUUUGACAGAUGUGUAAAUCAGGUGUGUAAAUACAUUUGUUUUUUGUGUUUGACAGUUAUUUAACGGAACGUGUAAUAUUUGUAUUUCAUUCAAACAUGAGUUUGUAUAAUAUUAUUAUUUUGAUAAUUAUGCAGUGGACAAGUGUUUUUCGCCUUUUAUUUAUUUUAAAAAAGCAGAGGAGAUCCUUUCGACGUUGGUGGGUUAAAGCACAUAUUAGAAGUCACAUGAGAAAUGCAUUUGGUGCAUACGAAAAUUUAUUUUUAUAUUUUAUGCGCGAAGAUCACGAAGAAUUUUUUCGUAUGACUCGAAUGACACCUGAUGAUUUUGAAGUGCUUUUCAAUAUUGUUGGUCCACAUCUCAAGAAGGUUAGCAGAAGAGAACCUCUACCACCAAGACUCCGACUAGCACUCAUUUUAAACUAUUUGGCAAAUGGAGACAGUGUAAGAACAACCCAACACUUAUUCAGGGUAGGGCGUUCGACGAUUUACAAAAUGGUGCAUGAAGUAUGUGAAGUCAUUUUUCGUCAAUUAUCUCCAUGGUACUUACGUGAAAGAACUACUCAAGAAUGGCGAAUAAUAUCUGAAAGUUUUCGAGUAAAGUGGAAUUUGCCCCACUGUGUAGGAGCUUUGGAUGGCAAAGAGUUUGCCAUAAAUAAACCACCACACAGUGGAAGUCUUUACUACAACUAUAAAAAAUUCUUCAGUAUUAAGCUAUUAGCAAUUUGCGAUGCUUACUGUCGCUUUACGUGGGUCGAUAUAGGAAAUUAUGGUUCUGUAAGUGAUUUAUCGGCAUGGAGGAAUACUGAUUUUUACAAGGCUCUACUUCAAGAUCUGAUUCCUCUGCCUCCAAAACGUACUUUACCAAGGUCUACAAUUGUAAUGCCAUAUUUUUUCAUAGGAGACGAAAUUUUUACACAGCGUUAUUCUUUUUUGAUGUCUCCCAUUCCCCGCCGCCGUGUUCUCAGUGAUGAACAGAAAUAUUAUAAUUAUAGAUUAUCGAGGGCAAGGCAAACAAUCGAAGCAGCUUUUGGUUUAUUGGUAUCCAUGUGGCAAAUAUUCCAGCAUCCGCUAAGAUUCAAGCUAGAGACGUGUAUGAUGGUUGUGUUGGCAACAAUUUGUUUGCAUAAUUUGAUAAUAACAAGAAAGUUGGAACGAGAAGAAGAGGUACCUUUGCCGGAAAAUCGAGAAGAACCUGAUGAAGAGGAAGUUGAAAACGAGGAAGUGGAAGAAGUCAACAAUAUCGAUGUACAACUAAUGAUCCCUCAAAAUACCUACAAAGAAAAGGAGAAAACUGCUAAGUGGAAUAUAAUUAAUGAGCAACUAUGGGCAAUGGGAGUCCAAAUUGAAGAUCCGAGGAAAUGUUGGAAAAAUUUAAGAGAAACUUUUACACGCUACGAUAAAAAAAAUAAUAGGAACUGGUACUUAUAUGACUAUUUAUCCUUCUUGAAGCCUCAUAUUAAACACAGAAGGAUCAUUGGAAAGACGCCUAAAAACAAUGAAAUGAUCACUUGUCAGAAUUCUUUUGAAGUUGAUGAAAUGAAUUCCACAUCCGACUCAAGGAACGUAAUACUUCAAGAAGUGGCAAACUCUGAAGACCCGAAUUUGCGAUUCUUCCUUUUACCAGAAGUAACUGAAGUUGAGACAUCCGCAAUGGAAAUUGACAACUCUUCAAUGAAAUAUAACAACAAUUAUGAAUCUCAACUUAUCACUGACACUGAUCAAGUUGAGGGUGACAAGAUGCAGUCAGAAGAAUUGGGUUCCGAUAAUCUAAUGGAGAAAGAAACAGUUUCCAUUAAAAAUUCAUCAAUUGAUUUACAUUCAACACCCAUACAAAGUUUAACACCUACCUUAACACUUAAUCCAUUAUCUUUAACGAUGAGAAAUUAUACUUCGCCUUCUUCACUACAUUCAAUAUCUACUUGUUAUCCAAAAACUAGUUCCUCCUCUACAAGAGUUAAUAAUUUACAUCAACAGCAAAACUCCCUCUUACUUUUUGCUCAAAAUGAACCUGCAUCAAACCCAAUACCUACAUCCAGCUUCAAGUCUACCACUGGUUUUGGUUCGACACUAUUGUCAACAGAAAAUUCUGUUUUAUCUUCUUCUGUGAACCAGUUAUCUAAAACACAUCGAACUAGUUUCUCAGUUUCCACUAAUUUUGGUUCUCAAAAUCUAUCGGAUAGCACUUCUUUUGCGUCUUCCACUUUAAACUCAUCCAUGUCAGAACCAACACCUUCACCCAGUGUCUCGCCUGUUGCCGCUUUCAGUUCUCAAAAUUUGUCAAAAAAUUCAUCUUCUACUCGAAAUCCAAUUGCGUCAAACCUAAGACCCUUGCCCAGUUUCAGGCCUGCUACCAAUUUUGAUUCACCAAUUUUGUCAAAGAAAAAUUCUGAUUUACCACUUGCUAUAGAUCCCUUGCCUAAAACACAUCAAACGUACAGUUUCUCAGCUUCUAACAUUUUUGGUUCUCAAAAUCAAUCGGAUUUUGAGAAUCGCACUUCUUUUGCGCCUUCAACUUUAAACCCAUCGAUGUCAGAACCAACAUCUGCAUCCAGUAUCUCGCCAGUUACCGGUUCCAGUUCUGAAAAUUUACCAAAAAGACCCAUGCCCAGUUUUAGGUCUGCCACCAAUUUUGAUUCACCUAUUUUGUCAAAGAAAAAUUCUGAUUUACCACUUGCUAUAAAUCCUUUGCCUAAUACACAUUUAAGACGCAAUUUCUCGGCUUCCAACAUUUUUAGGUCUCAAAAUGUAUCGGAUGGCAUUUCUUUUGGCACUUCGACUUCAAAUCCAUCCAUGUCAGAAUCAACACCUUCACCCAGUGUCUCGCCUGUUACCGGUUUCAAUUCUCAAAAUUUGUCAAAAAAUUCAUCUUCUACUCGAAAUCUAUCUGUUUUACAUUCAAAAGUUUCUCAACAAUCCUCUUCCUCGCCUACUGCGGCUUUUAAUUUAUCAUAUACGCAAAAAAGACCUGCUCAAUCUACAUCAUCAGCAUCGAAUUCUACAACGAAGCAAAACAAAAAAAUGAAGAGAUCGUCCGUUCCUGCAGCUUCAAAAGUAAAUCACAAUCUUCCCACUCUAGCAACAAAACCGAAAACAGUUUGUAAAGUACCUCAAUUGGACAAAUUUGCAGUAAAUAAAAAAAAGAAAUUGGAUUAUGAAAUGGAGAAUGUACGUCUGUUUUGUCAGGAUGCUAUGAAGCUAAAUGAAAAAGUCUAUAAAGUAUUAGAUUUGAAAGAACUUGAAUUAAAAAAUCGAUUAAAAAAUCAAAAAUCAAUCAAUCCAGUAUUUAAGAAUAGUAUAAAGCCAAUCAUGAUGGAUGAUGGUUACUUAAAUAUUUUUAAAAAAAAUGGUUAAGACUAACGGCACAAGAACAAGACGAAUUGUUUGAAAACAUAC